AUGCAUUCUAUUUCCAACACAUUAUCCUCCACUACUUCGGCGACUUCUGUUGAUGGGGCUCUAUCUAGUGUUGCCUCACCAAUUGAAAUCACAAAUAUUCCACAGGAAAAUGAAUUCUUGAUUCUUAAUACAUCACGAUUCAACAUAACCUAUAAACUGCUAGAUAAGGUAUUGUAUUUGAGGAAAGACACCUCGGGAUCAAAACUCACUUUGCUUAGAGGGUACCUUUGCGUGUAUGUUCGGAAACCAGUGAGAAUCAAGCACAUCCAAUUGAAAUUCGAAGGUGCUCUAGAUGUCAGGUACUUCCCAAGUAACAUGAAAAUCGAUCCGUCUUCAACAUUUGUGAAAAAUAAAUCGUUCCCCAUAUUUAGCCAGUCAAGAAAUUGGCAAUAUAAACAGCAUGACAAGGUGUUGGAUACAGACUAUUUUGCCAAGGGUGCAUUCUCUUACCCUUUCCAAUUUUUGAUACCGAACGAUAUCCCGGAGACAAUGUCGAAUGUUUUCGGUUCAACGAGCUACUGCUUAACAGUAACAGUUUCUCCAAUAUCAAAUACAUUGGGAUUGUCGAUUCUAGGCUCUUCCCUUAUAGCAAAAUCGUUUCCAAUUCAAGUGGUGCAAUGUGAUACCGAGCCAGAAGGCACGUGUCAUGUCUCUAAUGACUCCUUCUCACUGGGCAAUUGGCGAUACCUUUUUUAUUACAAGAUUGUAAUCUCAAACCGUCAGGUGGCUAUUGGUGAUAAGGUCAAGGUCUACGUAAAAAUACUACCCAACAAAGCCUUUAAGUACAGAAUCAGAAAUAUAAAAGUACUCCUAGAUCAGAUAACUGAGUAUGAUAUAUCUAACAGACUCGAAGAGAAUGAGAGAGACAAGUUCUAUCAUAAACUUUCUAGUACCGAGACGGCUUUACUUGAAUGGAUCAACGUCGACUCCUAUGAUAAUGACCCGCAGGUUUGGGAGUUCGAUUGUGAACUAUCAAGAGUCUUUGAAAAAUACAAUUUGAAAAACAGAUAUAAAAAGCAAAGUUUUACCCUUGUUCCUACUACAAAUGAACUUGAAAAUAGGAUUUGCCAUUUCAAGGUUUUCCACAAAAUCAAAGUAUACCUCUCAGUGGAGGAGAUAGUUUCGGAGGAUGAUACUAUCUCUGAGUUUUCAGACAAUGCAAGCUCGUUUAUCAUACGACCUAGAGCACAUAGUUUGGAUAAAACUCUGAUGAACACUAGGGCAGAGAAAAUCGAUAACGAUCAAAUGCGUAGAAAUUCACCUCUGGUUCAAGAAAGCGAUCCAAAUAAAAGUAAAGUGGAUUUGGUAUUUGAUGCAGAUGUUGAGAUACUUAAAGGUGAAAGUGUAGUUGGGAACAUGCCACCACCAACAUACACAGAUUCCCAAAUAAUCCCUCAUUUAGCCACUAUUGACAAUAGUAAUACCAGCAAAACGGACAUUCUCACCAUUAUUGAUUCCAGCAAAACAUCUCAGAAUCAACAGCUAAACUUUAUAUUGCCUCCGGCAUAUGAAGAGGUAGAAGAACUUACAGAACCACCACUGUAUUUGUACAAAUGA